AGAAACCAAAAAAAAGGGGUAAAAUAGAGAAUGAAAUGAAUCAAAAUUAACUGAAAACGCAAUAGAUAGACAAACUACUUCAAUUAGGGUUUUCUGCUAUCCCCUUUUGCUUCAUUGAAUCGGAUUCUCCAUUGAUAUUUCGACUUUUCUUCUCUUAGAAUUUCAGCGAGUUUGCCUCCUCAAUAACUCUGUGGUGCAGGGGAUGCAUGGUCAAGGGAAUUACAAUACUCAGGCUGGGCAAGAUCCUUAUGGACGACCGCCUGCAUUUCAGCAACAUCCUGUAGCCACUGCUCCGCCUACGUCCCAAUAUGGCCCACUCCCUCUCCCUCCACCUCCACAACCUGAACUUAUUCAACACGGUCACCCAUCUUUUCAUCCAAGGCCUGGUGCUGUGGCAUAUCAGCAUGUCAUGACAAAUGUUCUACACCAUGGUCGACCUGCCCCAGUUAUGUCAGGUGGAAUGAGUGCUGCUCAAUCUUACGUACAUCAUCCAAGACCUCCUCAUAUAAGCAGCCAAAUUUCUCAUUCAUAUCCAAUUAAUGAGCAACAGCCUACACCCUGGAAUCAAAAUAUACAUCAACGUCCUCCUCCUCCUCCACCAUCUCUUCAAGGCCAGAGUGCCUAUCAAUUGCCUUCUUCACAAGAGCAUACUCUUGAAAGAGGACAUUCUUCUCAUGCUCUCCUACCCCCGCCGCCACCUUACCCAUCUAGUUCUAAUGUUUUGAGGUCUGAUCCAUGUGGGUCCUCUGUGAUCCCAAUGCGGGAACAUUCCUAUCAACAAUCAAUUGCACCAGUGCUGACUCCCCCUCCACCUCCACCUCUUCCCCCUUCCCCACCUAGAGUCCCACCUAUUCCACCAUCAUCGGAUAUUAUAUCAAAGAAAGAAGGAAAUCAUAGCUGGAAGGGACUACCAGAUGCGGAAAAUUUAAAGUUAGAAUGUUCACCUCCUGGGAAGCCCAUGGGUGAUCAACGUAUACAUGAGCAGGUCCAGUUUCAACAGACUGAAAGUGGACUCAAAGUGGGAUCAGUGGAUGCUGAGGCUGCUCAUUCCCCCACCGAUUCCAAUAUGGACAUGGAAGAUGAUAUCACUUACCCUGAUGAGGAGAAAAAGAAUUGCUGAUAUGUUAAUUCAAAUGAUGAGAUUGGUUCGAUGCCCCUUGAAGAUUAUACAACAUCGAAACUACAAUCUCUGCAUCAAACUGGGGGACAUGGACUCUCUACAAUUUCAGCAUGUGGAAAUGUAUCGCCCAGUGAACGUGACUGAAGUCUCAGUAGCACAAGCUAAAGAAGGAGGCUCUGAAGUCGCAUUUAAUUGUAACUUCCCCAUGACCAUGAAGGUAUUUCCUAGAGGUGAGUCAGCCAAGACAGAUUAUGGACAAAAUGAGAUCUCCUUGGAUGCUAGCAUAAACGAGUCGCCUUCCUUGGAUAAAUAUUCUGGACAAUCCGGGGGACCAGUUGUCCAUCCAGAACCUGGUUACGGGGAACUUCCUUGUCAGCUCGUGAAAUGCUCAAAUCCUUCUAAAAUAUUACAGGGUUAUAUUCUUCCAACAGUACUUCCACAAAUGAGGAGGAAAAUCUUGAAGAUAUCAGUUUCCCAUCUACAAGCGAUGCAACUACAAAAUAUGAUGCUGAUAAGCAGCAUGGUGUUGGGCGCUUGCUCUCUGAGUCAGUGACUGGAUCACCAAGAAAUGCGACGCAAUCUGAUAAAUUGGAUGUUCAAACUGGGGUUGAAGCGGAAUUUUCUGAUAGAGGUCAAAAACCUGUAAGCAGUGAUGGCACUUAUACUGCACGUCUAUCAAAAGAUCAUUCGACGAAUUAUGAUGAAAGAGUUGGUCUUGAGGAGAGCAAUGCACACAAGGCAAAUAUGAAAACUUAUAAACCGAAGGUAGAUGAAUUUGGUAGAUAAAUUAGGGAAGAUGUUAGUGACAGCGACAUGAGUGACUCACCACGUCAUGCGCGGAGGCAUGCAAGAAGAACCAGAAAAAGGAGUCCAAGUCAAAGCAGAAGUCGGUCACCUCAUGAUAGGAGGAGGAGGAGGAGGAGAAGUCCAUGGAGGAGAACAGAGAGACGUGGCCGCUCUCGCAGACUUUACGUGAUGAAAGUUUUGUAUCCUUGGUGUCUAUUCCCAGUUUGUCUCCAAGGAGAAGAAAUAGGAGUCAGUCACCUGUUUUAAGGUAUGAUAAAAUAAGACGAGAAGGGCCAACUUCCAGAGUGCUUUGACUUUCUCCAAGGCAAGUGUUACCGUGGAGCGGCUUGUCGGUAUUCACACCAUGAAUCAGACAAGGGUGAGAGAUCAAGGUACAAUUGUGGAAAACAUCGUAAUUGGGAUACUCCACAUACUAUAGCAAGUCCUGAUUUUCACGAGGAGAGCAAUGUUUUGUCUGAAAAACAAAUGAAUGAUAAGGGUAGGAAACUUUCUCUAGAUAUGCCUGAUUUGUGGGAAGUAAAAGAUGCAAAAAGACUGCCAGUUUUUUCUAAUACUCAGUCUCCCGAUAAAAUAGGGAACCUUUUAGGUUACCCUGCUCAUGACACACCCUCAGGUAAACAUAAUUAUCUGAUUCCCGAAUCUGCUGCAAAGUACUCUGAUAAGAUCCCUCAAAUUGUUGAUCAACAAGGUAAAAGGACAGAUGAUAGUUUCCCCUCUGAUUCUUCACUUGCACAAUUAUUAGCCGGUGCACCAACCCAUCAUCCAGCUGAUGGACAGGACCCUACUAGUCAACUGUGUUAUGCUGAAAGUCAUUUGGCAAAACUUUAUUCCAAUCAAGAAGUCCCAUCCCGGUCCUUUAAUCCACCUAUUGCCAAUCAUCCUUCUCAAUUAUCCAUUCCUGUGCCUUCAACAUCUCAGCCUGUGAGUGCUUCAUUUGUUCCACCUAUAUUGCAAAAUUACAACUCAGAUCCACCUACUUCACAGAAUCAUUUGACUCCUGAAAAUUACUCCUCUUAUGAAGCACCAGUAAAUUACCAACAUUCUCAUUUUCCUGGUCCAUUAAAACCUGUAUCAAGCUUGCUUCUUCCACCUCCACCCCCACCGCUACUACGACCACCAGUAUCUGUAGAACAUACCACUCUUUCAAAACAUGCCCAGCAGUCUUUACUGCCUCCUUGGAAUGGUCUGUACUCUUAUCCAUCUGUUAGAAACCAUCAAACUGAAAUGCCUAAUCGACCUCAGAUUGGUGAGUACCAGGCAUGCCGCUUUUCCCAAGAACCUGAUCAAAUGGUACAUAGAACUGAUGGUUCUGGAUCAAAUAGUUUGCAUGUGAGCAAUUUAAUAAGUAGGGAGGGUGGUCCAUGCAUGAUGAGUGAAGGUCAUUUACCUGGAGAUCUAGCACAAGGAAUUAAUUCCUCAAAAUCAAUUACUCAGGCUCUAACUGAUCCCUCAUUGAGGCAGUCACCAUUUAAGGGAAUCCAAAGUUCUCUGGGUGCAGGUCUUUCUUCUGACAGUAAUUCUUCUCAUGGUCACCCUUAUUUCCAGGCUCCAGCAGGUUUCUUAUGGCAUGCAAUAUUCUGCUGGUGGUGAUGUCCCAUCAAAAUUCUCUGAGCCUGGGAUGAGGAGUUUCUCUGCUUCUAGAAUCACUCAAGAUUUUCUUGAGAGGAACCGCUCUUAUGUGCAUGGCUUUGUUGGGUCAAAAAUUUCAAAUCAUUUCAAUCCUUAUGCAUCAACUUUUGAUCUUCCACUGAGCUCCAAACUCAGUUCAAGCACUUUUGGACGGGAAAAUGAUGCAGCCACCGAAACUACAUAUGGCACCCCAGGUGAUCCACAUAGAAUUCAAAAUGUUGGCUCAAAAAAUUUGAUUUCUUUGAGUUCGGUAUUGCCACCUGAGUGUGUUUCAAGACCAACCAGCAAUCAGUAUGAUCCACUAUUUGAUAGCAUUGAACAAAAUUCAAAAUCAUUUAGUGAAGCUGAUCAUCUAAAACAUGAAAUUACUGGUGAUUCUGAUGAUGUUCUGAGGUUUCAUGGAUCCAGAAGGUUGGAAAAUAUGGGAGCUAUAAAGCAGGAAGUGGAAACAGCUGUAUCAGCCGAUGAUUCUUUAGAAAAAGAAGAAUGUGGGGAGACAGCUGACUUGGCCAUGGGACCUGUCCUGAAUAUCAGCCCAAGUAAUCCUAAUGAAGCACCUGACAUGGAUGUAGGAGUGUUUGAGAUUGAUCAGGUUAAGACUUCAGUAAAAAACAAGAAAGCAAGGAGAAGUGUACGAAACAUUUUAAGAUUUCGAUUGCUGCUUUUGUGAAGGAUGUUCUAAAGCCAUCAUGGCAGCAGGGUAAUAUGAGCAAGGAGGCAUUUAAGACCAUUGUCAAGAAAACCAUUGAUAAAGUAUCUGGAGCUAUGAAGAGUCAUCAAGUACCUAAAUCCCAGGAAAAAAUAAAUCACUAUAUUGAUUCUUCAAGAGGGAAAUUAACAAAGCUUGUCAUGGGAUAUGUUGACAGAUAUGUUAAAGCGUAAGAUCUGACUGGAGCCUGCAUAAAAGAUUGGAAUUGUCUGCCUUGACUUUUAGAUCAUGCUUCGGAUUUGCAGGAUUAAGAGGAGUAGGCCUUUUAAUUGCAUUGUCCAAAAGGAGAGCUGGUCGCUUUCAGAAUAAUAGUAGGCUAGAUGGAUUGUUUUGUUUUGGUUAAUUAAAUCAAACAUCUCCAACAAUUCUCAAGUAAAGCCUACUGCCAAUGUCAGAAUGCUGUAUUAUUGUUUAGUUUUCUUGAUAUAUUAUUGUUUAGUUUUCUUGCU